AUGAAGCUCUUAACAUCAUCAUCAUCAUCUUAUUCAACAUCGCCAUCUUCUUCUUCUUCUUCAUCUACCCUCAGUUUUGACCCGCCUUUGUGCAACUCCAAAAGUGCUUCUGCAGGGUAUCUCACAGCCAUUUUGCGAAGGAUUCUCUGCUCCGGUGGCCUUCCAACACACCCAUCAGACCAAAUAAGAGAACUUGAUUCAAUGUCAAAGAUGAAUGGCAAAGUUCAAGAAUUUAAGGCUAAGCAAAACACUGAAGCUACCACCACCACCGCUACUACUACUGUUACUCCUGGGUUGGUAGCAAGGUUAAUGGGUUUGAACUCAAUGGGAGAGAGACACACGCCCUUUGAAGCAAACUCAAGUUCUUCACUCUCACGUAGCAAAUCCAUGAACUUCGUGGACUACUUGGGGGAAUGCAAGCAAAUGGAUGGUCAACACAAGCAUGUUAAAUCUUCAUCAUUUCGUGAGGUUUCAACUUUCCACUUGCUUGAAAAUGAGAACUUCUUGGUACUCAGCUUCGAAAAUGGAGCUGGUGAGAGUAAAGAAUUCAAGUCCAAAGGAAGAAGAAAAGAAAAGGGUUCUUCAGAGUUGAAGCAGAAACGAGAAGAGAGAGGUGAACUCAAAAACAAGAGAGAAAAGGUACGUCAUGAUGAGAAAAUGAAGUUGUCUGAUAUGUCAUAUCUCAAUGUCGGAAAUGAUGGUAAACAUAAACUUCAAAUUGCCAACAAUUCGUCUCUGUUCAAGGUUUCUUCUGAAAAGGAGUACAUUGAAUCAGAAGCUGCAAAAUUCUCACACCCCAUGAAGCGGAAGGAAGUUACCAAUGGUGAGAAAGUGAAGAGGAGAAAGAAGGGAACCACCUGUUAUGCAGAAAAGAAGGUAGAAACUGAAUGCAGUUCAGAAGAUUCAAGCCCAGUUUCUGUCUUCGAUUUUGAGCGUGAAGCUCCUAGAACAGAGGAGGAUUCAUUUGGUGUUGGUAUGAGUUGGAGAAGAAAAUUGUCACCAGAGCUUGAAAAUGACCAGCUUUUUAUACUGCAUUGUGAUAAAAACUUGAUCAUUGAAGACAAGAAGGUUAAGGCAAUUGAGAACAACAAACAUGAAGGAUCAAAGGAAAAAGAGAAGCAAAGCCGGGAAUGUAUAGAUAUUUGGGGAGAAAUUUGUAGGUUGGUGGAAGAUGAAUUGAGAUCAAGUCAAUUAGAGGGAGGAGUGAGGAAACAAAGUGAUUUUGAAAAUAUAAAUGCAGAUUUUGAGUCAGAAAUUUUUGAUCACUUGUUAAAUGAGCUUAUAGAACAGCUUGUUGAGAAUCCUUUGAAAGCAUUGCAACUAGAAAAUUUGUAA